CAUGUCUCUUAACCCGGGUUUCGAAAGAAAUGAUCGUCAAAGUGCCAUUUAAUAUAUGUAUAAGAAUGAUGAUAAAUUUUUUAAUGCAUGAAUUUGGUUGAAUAAUAUCAAUCAACUAAUUAUCUUGUAUCCAUCUAAAUUACAAUCACAAAAAUAGAAAGACAUCAAUCAAUUAAGAGUUGACGAUAAAAGUGCAUUAAGAUUCUACCAUCACAAGUUAUGGGCCCAUAAAAAGUUGUUUUGUUCCAUACUCCAGCUAAUUGCGAGUACCCGUUGAAUUUGACGCGGAAAGGGUUAAAGCUUAAAACUCACAAGUCAAAUCCAUAUUUGAGGAGGAAAAUCCAAUAUUUACCAUUUGGAACGCUUAGAAGCUACCAAAAAGACCUGUAUUUUAUCGUUGACCAGCAUUACCCCCGGCCAAAACUUCUUCAUUUUCGAAGGAUUUUGAAAUCGUAUUAGUUGUACCGGAAAAGUCAGUGACAGCCACUUUGUAAUAGUAUGGAUUCUGGAAUCCCACCUUGACUUUAGAGUAGGACACAAAAUAUAAUAGUAUUCGUACACAGUUCAUAAUACUCUACGCCGCCAGGAUGUCAUGUUCACGGUUUUCCCUGUCUACCAAUAAAAUACAAAGAGUUUUGUGUGCACACAUUUGCAUACUAUAUAAAUAACUCUGGAUUUUUCAUAAAUCGUGUUUCUAAUUAUCGAUUUUGAGUUUACUAAUUCCUAAUUUAGUAUCGAACUAUCCACCCUCAAACGAAAAAUUUGUCGACAAACUAUGAAAACCGCCGUGAGUCAUACAGAUACUAACAAAAUUCAUGUCAGAUCCACCUUAAGUGAAAUUCUCUCUACACCAAAUGGUGAUAGGAUAUUUUCACUAUUUUGUUGUGAAGUCGUUGUUUAAUCAUAGUUCAACCAUUUUAUAACACAAAAAUCAUUUUAUAAUAAAGCUUCAGACACCAACAGGCAACAGCCAGAAAAGAAAAGAACUAAGCAAGAAGGCUAGCUGCGCUUCUUUUUCCCCUGAAAAGUGAUAUAAAAUCACAACAGCCAGCACUAACCAAAUCAAGCCCAGACCAAAAACCACAAAACCAAAAAACCUCCCCCUUCUCUCUGCAGUUACAGCCCCAAUAAAGAAACCGGGGAAAAGAAAGCAAGAAACAGCAAUGGCGGCACUAGAUUUGGAGAUCGGUUCUUCGUCAUCAUCAUCGUCGAUGCCGCCCAAGGUGAUAAGGUUCCUCUCCUGCCUCCUGCAGCGAGUCGCCGACUCCAACGACGUCAUGAUGACCCAAUUCUGCGGCGGCGGCGGAUCGAUGUCGAUCUUCCACGGGCUGAGCCGGCCCAACAUUUCCAUCCACAGCUACCUGGAGAGGAUCUUCAAGUACGCCAAUUGCAGCCCUUCCUGCUUCGUCGUCGCCUACGUUUAUCUCGAUCGUUUCGCGCAGAAGCAGCCUUCGAUUCCCAUCAGUUCCCUCAACGUCCAUCGCCUCCUCAUCACCAGCGUCCUCGUCUCAGCCAAGUUCAUGGACGACAUAUACUACAACAAUGCGUACUACGCGAAAGUUGGGGGGAUCAGCAGAGAAGAGAUGAAUCUGCUGGAAGUGGAUUUCCUGUUCGGGAUCGGAUUCGAAUUGAAUGUGACACCAACCACGUUCCACACUUAUUGCUCCCACCUCCAAGCUCAGAUGGCGAUUCUCCAAUCCCCUCCUUUCCCUUUACAGCUUGUGGAUCCGACGGUUGAAAUGGACAUGGCAGCCGCAGCCUCAGCCGCCAGAUCAUCGUUAAGCGUUCACCAUUGCUGCUACAAUGAGGACGAUUCGACCCAUCAUCAGCAACUCGCUGUUUGAUUCAUACUCUGUCCUUUCCCUUUUGAUCUUUUCGUUUUGUUUGGUUUCUAGAUCGAGUAGUUUUUGUGUAGGUGGGAAGGGCGAUGAGUUUUGGGUUCAACAAUUUGCCCACUUUUUUUUGGCUACUUUGGGGGCGAUUUUUCUUGUAAGCUGCUUCACGGGAAAGUGCGUAAUGGUCAAAUCUCUCAUUUGGCGCAGCUGUUGCCGCAAUACACUUUUGGAGAAAACUAUUUCUGCGUUCUGCUGCUGCUCUUUGUUUGUCUUUUCGCUUUUCAUAUGGGUUAAAUCUGUUACAAUUUACAACAGUAACGCUAUCUAGGUUGAUAUAUGGUUAUUGUCCUUAAAUGUGAGUCGGAAGUUGAAUUUUUUUAUCGGGUAGUGAAGAAACGAGAAGACGAGAGUGAAGAGAAGAAGAGAGUGUGUGGCUAGGGUUUGUCAUGCUCAUCACUUUCCAAGUUCACGAACCUACCGUCAUUCUCUCUUUUAGGAGGGUAGGCGGUUAACUACUAACCGCAUCGAUGAUUAAUGGUGUUAACCGUUAAUCCUUGUUGGGUUGGCUAACGGUAAUAAUUUGUACUGCUAACUGCAUUAUAGGUUGACGAUUAAUCAUUAAUCGACCCGACUAUCACCCCUCACGUUAUCUCAACUCUCGACGCGUAGGAUAGCGGUAAUAUAGUUUCUAUUUAUUGACAUAAAAAUAUACUAACACUAACUCCAGCCAAUAGAAACAUUUCAUUUUGAUGACUUUUGUAUUCCACAGGGUUGACCAUAGUUAACGUGGAUUUGUAAAGGAGGACAUGCUUGUCAUUGUUAAAAAUUACAGAGGGGCACAAGCGUGUGGCGUUCCUCAUUUAUUUCGCAUCUUGCGCCUCACCAUAGGUAUCAUGAAGUAGACCACAAAACACAGACAAAAAAACACAAUAAACCACACCUCGAAUACCAUAAAGCAUACUAGAACCUCAUCACACCACAUAAUUCAUAAAAAUAAACCAGAAAAUUCAAAGUAUAACACAAGUUUUCUCAAGCAGACCAGGAUUUUGUUGAAGCAAAUCAUUACCUUAUAAAGCAAACCACAAGUUUAUUAUAACAUAUUACAAGUUCCCUAAAGUAGAAAACAAAUCACAAAUUCCCUAAAACAAAUCAAAAAUCACAUAAAGCAGACCACAAGUUCUCUAAAACAAAAACAUCUUCAACCACAUCAUAACUCUCAUGUAGCAAAUCAGAAAGAAAAGAAAUCUUACCAGAAACCUCACGAAGAAACCAAAAAUGUUAUAGAGGAUGACAAGUAAUUAAUAUUUUAUAAUGAAAAAUAUUUUUUAUAAUGGUAAUAUAAAUUUUUUGAUAAG